UGAUUGGUGGACGGCGUAUAUAAGGCGCGCCGCCAGCAGUCUAGUCGCAUUCGUGUCACAUCCCGAAGUGAACGCGCACUCGGUCCGAAGCAGCCAUGAAGACGGUCAUCGCACUGUGCCUGCUGGCCCUGGUGGCCGCCCAGAACGACAGGGAUGCCGAGAUCCUGAGGAACGACUUUGAGCUGGACGCCGAGGAAGGUUCCUACCAGGCCGACAUGGAGACGUCGAACGGAAUCCGUAUGCGGGCCAGCGGUAUCUCGUACCCGGGAGCUGAGCCCGAGACGGGCUCGUACUUCGUGGAGGGCGAGUACUCGUACAUCGACAGGGACGGCAACACCGUGCUCGUCAAGUACACCGCCGAUGAGAACGGCUACCAGCCCGAGUCGGAAAUCCUGCCCUGAACAAAGUCACAGCCGCCUUCCCCCCGCCUUCACUUGAUUCCGCCGGCCGUCUGUCAGCUGCUGUCUCUGGAAAUGUUCAUCGCUGAACUCUUGCUUUCGCGGCCGAAUGUUGAUCGCGUCGCUCUGUGAUAUCUGGAAACUUGAGUUUCCGGGGUGAACGCUAGAUGUCGCCAGCAGACUCCUCGUCCUGGAUCCGAUGUCACUCUGUCGCGCGAAUACAGUUACCACGGAUGGUAAUUUAAUCGACCGGCUGAAAUGAGAUCGCACCGGCAGGAUGGCUUCAGCGGCGAUGCCCCUGUGCCAGGCGGCUGCUUGGCAACGUGUGCGCCUGUUAGCGACGUCUCGUCCCGAAUUGCAC